CAAGAGGAAAAUGAAGAAUUCAACAACACAUGGAAACAGCCCAAACCAAAUAGAAUUUUUCACCUUCUAAAUAUAUUUGUGGUGCAAUUACGCCUAAAAUUUCUCCAUCUCCAAUCCCUAAAUUCAGCAUCCAAAAUAGCAAUUUCCAUCAAAACACUGAUAAAUUUUUUCCAUUCCCUCUCCAUUGCACAGAAAUUCCCAUUUUCUUUCUCAAAAUACUUUGAUUUUUUGAUACCCACCUCUAGUUAUGGGGUUUAGAGCUCUUUUCCACCGCAAGAAAUCAAAGAAAUCAGCUAAUUCUCCCGGCGCUUCACCCGCCGUUGCCGCUCCAUUGGAUGGAUCGAGAUCUCAGUCCUUCAAAUAUAAACCCCAGGUUGAAGAGUUAGAACAAGUUUUCAAGAAAUUUGAUGUCAAUGGAGAUGGGAAGAUCUCCUCCUCUGAGCUUGGCUCCAUUAUGUCCAACCUUGGCCACCAGGCCACCGAGGAGGAAUUGCAGAAGAUGAUCAAGGAAUUCGAUGCUGAUGGAGAUGGGUUCAUCGAUUUUCAAGAGUUCGUGGAGCUGAACACACAAGGGAUGGAUACUGAUGAUGUUCUAGUGAAUUUGAAGGAUGCUUUCUCUGUUUAUGACAUUGAUGGAAACGGGUCGAUUUCUGCCGAGGAGCUGCAUAAAGUGAUGGGAAGCCUCGGCGAGCACUGCUCCAUUGCAGAGUGCAGGAAGAUGAUUAGUGGGGUUGAUAGUGACGGCGAUGGGAUGAUCGAUUUUGAGGAGUUUAAGGUCAUGAUGACGGUGGGUAUUAAAUGGGACGCCAUUAAUGGUCUCGGAUGAAUCAACGGUAAGAGGCGGUGGUUGUUGCGGCGGCAUCAGAUAUGGUUCUGGGUUGUUCCUCGUUUCUGAGAUCUAAUAGUUCUUCUAUUUUUCUCUAAUUGUUUCCGUUAAUUUUUUUUUUCUUGGCUUGAUUUUAUUGGGAAUAACUCUUUGUGAAUAUUAUUUUGUCGCAAUACUAUUGCUUAAUAUUAAUUUUAUUUUUUAAAA